GUAUGUGGUCGUGUGCGCAUUCCCUGUCCGAGCACUUGAUGGACACACUGGUCCCCACUGACUUGCAACGUCGGCUCCGAGCCGCCUGGACAGCUGUCGUGGAGUGGACGUCGGUCAUUGUCAGUGAAAAGGUGCGCGUGCUGAUGGCGUCCAUAGUCUGCUUCGCCUUUUCAAGGUUGUGUUGUGGAGGCACAAUUGAGACGAACUCAAGCGACGACGGCAAAUCACCGGAGAACCCCGUCCCUGCCACAGCUGUCGGUUGGAAAUCCAUCUUUAGCGUCCUAGAUAUGGCUCGUCUAAGCAUCCUCGGUCUACGGCAUGAAGGCGGCUACAUCUACCCGAGAGGAAAAGUUGCCGACCAGUUGUCGAGGGAAGAUGCGGCGGCCGCAGUUAUUCAGCGCUGGGUUCGCACCGAGUUCAAGCGACGGCUACAAAACGGCGCGUCGUCUCGGUCCAUAAUCGACACUCCACCGCAGAACAGCCAGGGCUGUAUCGACGAAGACCACGGCGCUGUCGUCAACACGGUGCUCGAAGAUCCCCGUGUUAGCGUCAACGCACUGCGGCCCCCAGAAGCUGAACGUCGUUCUGGCGCCGAGCUGCCCUCCGGGAAAUGCCCCUCGGAAAGUAGCGACCAAGGCGGCGAUGACGAGGCAUCGCUUCAAGUCCUUGAGGGCCGAAAACGACUGUCGCUUUCCGCUGCGAAGCUUCAGAAGGCUGUGCUGAGGCUGAAAUCGCCUGCAGAGCAGCGUGGUACAAAAGGCCCGAUAUCGAUCCAACCUUGAAUUUUGUAGCUGUAGGUUACAAGUUUGCGAAAUAAUUUAACUGGUCGAUAAAAGCGCACUAACAAAAAUUUGCACUAC